AUGGAUAGUUAACUACUAGAGCUACACCAGAUCCUUGAAAGACAAGGUGAAAGAAAUUUGCAUCAAAAAAGUAAAAUUUAUUAUUUUACAAUUAAGCAUCUUCUAACAUUUAAAAAAUACCAUCAGUAUAAGUGAUUACAUAGGACAAAAAGGAAAACCGUUAUUUCUAUAUUUUUACGAUUAUCUAACUAAACACCUUGACCAAACUCCUAGUAAGUCAAAAUAGAGGCUACAUCCCUUUAUAUAAUUAAAUAGCUAGCAGCAAUUUCAAGACUGGAUGCAUAGAUAAAUACAAUGUAGCAGAAAGAGUGACUAUUGAAGGUUCUUCCCCAUAUAUGUUACUUAGCUAUAUAAAGUUAACAGUUUUUGCUUCCAUGCAAUAGGAUUACAAGUAACAUAAACUGCUGUAUUGCAUAAUUUUGCCAUAGAAAAUAAUAAUAAUAUCACUCAUCUCUUUUAAUAUGGCCUAUAUCCCUAUUACCCACUUGAUUUAAGUUUCCAUUAAGAACUUUAAUCCUUCAUAAGUUUUUGUAAUAAAUUGUGCUUUAACUUUUUUUUUUAAUUAAUCAUAUAUCUAUUGCAUAAUUUUUAUUCUUCAAUUACUUUAUCAGUUUCCUCUAUUAGAUAAAAAUAUUAAAGAUGUUCUGCACAUAAAAUUUUUGAUAUCUAUUAUUUAAAUCAUAUCAAUGAUAGCAGCUAUUAUUUUUACAUUAAAAACUGUCCAUUAGAGCAAUAUCAGAAGAAUGGAAAAUAUUGAUGGUAGCUCAUAAGAUUUCUUCUUUUCAUUUUAAUCAACUUAUUUGAUCAUUUCUCUUAUGACCAGUUUUAGUUCAUAUUUAUCAUUUUUAUUAAUGAUAUUUUACUUCAAUUGUUGA